AUGGGACUACAAUUAGCUAAUGAUCUUCAAAUCAAGGAUUUUUGGGUAUUUGUUGAUUCUUUAUUGCUAACCAAUCACUACAAUGGAUCUUAUGCAGUGAAAGCUGAGAAAUUAGCAUUAUACCUAGCGAUCCUCAAAAAAUUAGCAUCUGAGUUCGAAAACUUUAGCCUAACCCAAGUUCCCAGAGAGGAAAACACCGAAGAAGAUGCAUUCGCCAAUUUAGGAUCCUCCCUUAGGAUCCCACCAGAGACGAAGAUUCCUAUAACUCACAUAAUAACCCCAGCCAUAGAAACCGUCCCCAACAAAUCAGAAGAUCCUAAGCAUCUGAGAAGCAUAACAACUAUUGAAGAUCAUGGCCCUAGGGAUCUCGACGAACAGGAUCCUCAAAGAAGCCCGCAAUCAUGGACCCAACCCAUUAUGGCUUAUCUCCAAAAUAGCACAAUCCCGAGAGGAGAAAAAAGUGAAAGAACAUUCAGAACGAGAGUCUCAAGAUUUGUGUUAAUCCAAGGUAAACAUUACCAAAAAUCUGUGUCAGGACUAUACCUAAGAUGCUUGGAAGAUCCUGAAGUUGCGUAA